AUGGCUCAACGGAGGACUGUAGAGUCGAUCCAGUCUCGACCGUCUAUCCCCCAGCCUCAGCACUCCAGUCUGAGCGAGCCGCACCCCGACCACGAAGGGAAGCAUCGACAUCAUCUACAACUAAAGCUCCGAUCGCCUGCACCCCAACCUGAUCAAGACAACCCUCAACCACUUUCAGGUCCCUCAACUUCAGCGUCACCAGCACCAGCACCGACACUACUAGUACCACAACCCUCCUCCGCCGGAUCAGCACAGGCACAGACGUUGCCAUCCACUCCAGGGACAGCCACAAUAGCUAUAUCAACGGCAGCAACAACAACAACAACAACAACAACAACAACAACAACAACAACAUCAACAUCAACAACAUCAACACCUACUCCGGAUCUACAGCAACCAGGCGAAGAGGCGAGCUCGGCUACCACUUGUACGCCUCCGGUUGAGAUAGUCGAAACAGGGGCUGGACAGAGCUCCGUCAGAAGUGGUGACCAAGGGAUAGCUACGGACAGUGCUUCCACCAUCACAACCACCACCGGUGCCACUGCCUGCACCGCCAGCACUCACCAAGAUCCCCGCGCGCCCUCAGAAAUCGCUCCUCCUUUGGCCGAUACAGUAUCCGGAUAUAACCAGCAACAGAUCGGAGCACCGCACAACGGCAGUGCACCCCGUGUCCUAGUGCCCACGCCCAUGUCCCAUCCGCAACAACCAACUGGCCCACCUACACCUCGCCAAACACCGACCAUGAACUAUCCCGCGCCGAGUCCAUAUCCGCCUGCGGGCAUGUCCCCGGGUGCGCAGUACGCAUAUGGAGCGCAAGCGGUUGCCCAUGUUGACCCCUACCGAACGAACCAGACGGCGCUCCCGAGCAUGCGAACGUUUGACCAUGUGCAGCAACAGCACGCUCAACACCAGAUGCCCCUGCCGAACCACAUGGCCGUCUCGAUGGCCCCAAACCAGAUGAGCUACUAUGCGCCGAUGCACGCAGCAUACCAGAUGCACCCGGGGCAGAGCGUGGUGCACUAUGCCUUGACAGGCCUCACGCCGGACCCGCGCAUCGCUCUGAGCGGAGGAAGGCACAAGAAGGAGAUCAAGCGCCGAACCAAGACGGGGUGCCUAACGUGCCGCAAGCGCAGGAUAAAGUGCGACGAAGCCCAUCCCACCUGCAACAAUUGCAAAAAGUCGAAGCGUGAUUGUCUGGGAUACGACCCCAUCUUCAAGCAGCAACAGCAGCAACAACAGCAACAGCAAAAUUUGACUGCUCAGUCGACGCCCAAGUCUCAGCACUCUGCUCCCGCUUCUCUCACGUCGACUCCGACUGUCCCAUCUUCCAGUGUCCCGCCAAGCCCAUACCAGUCACAGGCUCAACCUUACCAGCAACAGCAGCAGCAGUCUCCGCCGCCUCAUCACUAUCACCAGCAACAGCAUCCUGCUUACCAACACCAACCACAUCCUACCUCGUACCCAUCAUCUCAUUCCUCCAAUACACCCUACGAGUCUCCAGUGUCGUCCACUUCCCCGGGCUUCGAUUACGGGAGUGCCAUUGACCCGGCCCUCUCAGGCACCGACACGCCAAGCGCUUCAGGAACGCCUACACCAAAUUCGCAGCUGGCUAGGCCUGACGACAGGAAUUUUGGCACUAAAACCGUCGAUGAUCUUAUCGCGCUGGGGGGCGCAGAACCUCCCAUUAUGAACUCUCCGCCAUCACAGGCCGUCAUCCAGGAGAUCAACAAACUUUAUGGCGAUGUAUACGUUACGGGGCUGUCGUAUUUCUUUGAGACGCAGUGGUACGAUUUGAAACCUGACAGGGGCAUCCUGACUCACCAUCCCAUCCAACUCUUACUGAAUAAUCAGCCAUUGAUGGGUCUUUUUGGUUCCUUUGUCGAACACAUCUCCCAGCCCCGGGCGGACCACAAGUAUGCUUCCCAGCUGGAGGAGUGUAUUGUCUGGGGAUUAGCAAAGCUGCCCCUCUCUACUAGAGGUAGAGUGCUUGGAAAUCUCCACACCUCCCGGCGCAAUGAAUUUGAGUUCUGGUGGCAUUUGGCCGAUUUGGCCAUUCGAAAGCCCAGCUGUGACCUCCAGAAUCUGCGACGCCUACUGGACGGUCAGGAGAACCGUGAUUUUCUGUAUAGCCUUGCUGUGCUUCGCGAAUAUUCGUAUCAUUGGAAUCCUGCCAACAUCGAGCAACAGUUGCCGCCGCAGUUGGCCGAGUCGGACCCGCGCUGCAGACUUGCGGUGGCGGCCAGGUUUAUUCGCACCACCAUGGAAGAGGGAACCACGAACGUGGUGAGGCGGUUUGCUCAGCUUGCGUAUCGUGCGUACGUCCAUCCGGGAGCCAGUUUGCCCGCGAACGCGGCUUGGCGCUACCAACAGGAAAGCGAUUAA